CUCCAUCUUCAGCUUAUACCAAUGGCUUCUUCCUCUGUUUUCUCAACCACUCUCUUCCUUUCUCUACUCUUCACCUCUUUCUUCCUCCCCUCCUCUGCUUCUAACUUCCACCAAUCAACUGACAUUACCUGGGGUGAUGGUCGUGCUCAGAUCCUCAACAAUGGCGACCUUCUCUCUCUUUCCCUCGACAAGGCCUCCGGCUCUGGCUUUCAGUCAAGAAAUGAGUAUCUCUAUGGAAAAAUCGAUAUGCAAAUCAAGCUCGUUCCUGGCAAUUCCGCCGGCACUGUCACUGCCUACUACUUGCGGUCUGAAGGGUCAACUUGGGAUGAAAUCGACUUCGAGUUUUUGGGUAAUCUGAGCGGCGAUCCUUACACUGUUCAUACCAAUGUCUUCAGCCAAGGAAAAGGAAACAGAGAGCAACAGUUCCAUCUAUGGUUUGACCCAACUGCCGAUUUCCACACCUAUUCAAUUCUCUGGAAUCCCCAACGCAUUGUCUUCUACGUGGACGGAACACCCAUCAGAGAGUUCAAGAACAUGGAAUCAAUCGGCGUUGCCUUCCCCAAAAAUCAACCAAUGAGGCUUCAAUCCAGUCUAUGGAACGCCGACGACUGGGCAACAAGAGGUGGAUUAAUUAAAACCGAUUGGACUCAAGCUCCGUUCACCGCAUCAUACAGAAACUUCAAUGAGAACGCCUGCAUUUGGUCAUCAGGACAGUCUUCUUGUGGCUCCAAUUCCUCACCGGCCGCCAGCGACAAGCCGUGGUACUCUCAGGAGUUGGAUACCGAUAGCGAAGGAAAGCUGAAGUGGGUUCAAAAGAACUACAUGAUCUACAAUUACUGCACUGACGUUAACCGAUUUCCUCAGGGCUUGCCACCGGAGUGCAAUGGCACUGCCUAAGUUUGAGUUAUUCUUAAUUUAUUAUUCUUUUAUUGUUACUUUUCUUGGCCAGUAUUCAUUUCUAUUGUAUGUAAUAUGUAUACACUCACCACCUUUGAAUGUUGAACGCAUCAUUUAUUGAAUAAUUUACGUUGAGGUUUG